CGGUCAAAGGAAAAAAAACCUUCGACACAGCUGAAAUUCCCAGUUAACGUCCUUCAGUUUGCUUCCUAGCUAAUCCUCUUGCCAAUUGGCUAAGUCGAGCGGAAAAAAAGAUGAAAGCUAGCCGCCGAGUUAUCUCUCUCCCAGGAGAGGUUUAUAGAAAGCGGCUACGCAUAAAUGGAAGUUGUUUGUAUAACGCGUCCCUUCUCCCAUCAAGCCAAAUGUUAUACACCAGUGUCUAAGAAGAGCGGAUGUCUUAGGCCUCAACGGCGCCAUUUUGAAUCCAGACACCGAAAUUUAAGGCCAGGCGUCGAAUGCUGUUUUCCCGUCCCUCACGGAAAAGGAAGGAAACCACAUCACGGAGCAAGCCGACCGUCAGACGAGUUUUUCACAUCCAUUGGGAGCGAAUUUUCCCCAUGUUUCGUCGACUAGACGGCCUUUUGUUCUGGGAGUGGCUGGCGGGUUUAUCGAGGCAUGUCUGAAUCCUUUUCAACCACUGCGCCCAAUUCUUUAUGGAUGGAAAAGUGGACUUUACCCCCUAUUAUCUCAUAUAUGGCAAUGCUCAAUUGCUUUAUUAAACGGUGCCUGUUAAAAGAAUAGAAAUGAAAGCCCCAGUCAAAAUGGCGUGGUCUUAAAAUGGACGCUCACUUAAUCCACGCUUGUAAAGGUGUACGAGGCCAACUUUUUUGCACCAUAUGGACAUUAUCCACCUUGAGAAGACCCCAGAGAACUCUGCGGUAUGCGAGGAAGGUCUGGUCGGCGCUGGACGAGGCUGCUGCAGAUGGAGCCCCUGGCGCGUCCCCGGAGCCUCUCUGGAGGGCCCUUUCAAGGAGGCGCAGAUGCCGAAACAGCUCCCAGACAAAUGGCAGCACGACAUGUUCGACAACGGCUUCGGAGGGUUUAAUGGUAGUGCUGGAGGUGGCGGUGGAGCUGGUGUGGAAACUGGAGGGAAGCUCCUAGUCUCCAAUCUGGACUUUGGUGUUUCAGAUGCAGAUAUUCAGGAACUUUUUGCUGAAUUUGGGACACUGAAGAAGGCUGCCGUUCAUUACGACCGCUCAGGAAGGAGCCUAGGAACAGCUGAUGUCCACUUUGAGAGGAGGGCAGAUGCACUUAAAGCCAUGAAGCAGUAUAACGGCAUCCCUCUGGAUGGGCGUCCUAUGAACAUACAACUCGUCACAUCACAGAUCGACACACAGAGGCGGCCUAUGCAGGGGCUGAACAGAGGUGGUGGUGGUGGUAUGAACAGAGGGCGUGGCUUUGGCGGCAUGCAGAGAGGUCGGGGUGGCCGUGGCGCAGGAGGCUCUCGAGGCAGAGGGCGAGGUGGUCGUGGUGGUGUGAACAAGCAGCAGCUGUCGGCAGAAGAGCUUGAUGCACAGUUAGACGCCUACAACGCCAGAAUGGACACCAGUUAAGAGAUGAAGCUCUUCCUAGCCGUCCUCCCUCCCUUCCUGGGCAGAAGGGGGGGUUGUUACAAUUUGUGCAGAAUAUUUUACACAUGCUUGUCUUCUGAUGUGAUUUGAAAGUGUUCCAGCUUCUUUUAAAUACUCCAAAGUGUUUUUUACCUGUAUUUUCUUUUUUUUGAUGAAAAAAGGUUUAGACUGUAGGCUAUCUAACUGGGUUUCCAGUUCCCCUCAGC